CGACUUCAAAAACUAAGAUUCAAAAUUGAAAUGUUCCAUCACUAUUAUCUAGCAUUUGUGAUUAGUAUGCGCAGGUAGUUGUCAAAUAGCCUAAUCAAAGCUAGCAUUCAGCUCAGCACCAGCAGUUGAGAUCGCCAGCAGCAGUCAUCAUGAAGAACACCGGGAAACUGAAGGGAAAGACUCUGUUUAUCACCGGCGCAUCCAGAGGAAUCGGAAAGGCGAUUGCCCUGAAGGCGGCCCGCGAUGGAGCCAACGUAGUCAUAGCAGCCAAGACCGCCGAGCCCCAUCCCAAGCUGCCCGGGACCAUAUACACGGCCGCGGAAGAGAUCGAGCGGGCCGGUGGGCGAGCCCUUCCUUGCAUCGUGGACGUGCGCGACGAGCGGCAGGUGCAGCAGGCCGUGCAGGCGGCGGUGGCCAAGUUUGGGGGCAUCGACAUCGUGGUGAACAACGCCAGCGCCAUCUCCAUUACGGGCACCCUGGAGACGGAAAUGAAGCGCUACGAUCUUAUGCAGAACAUCAACACCCGGGGAACCUUCCUAGUAUCAAAGACAUGCCUGCCUUAUCUGCUGAAAAGCGAGAACCCUCACAUUCUGAACCUUGCGCCCCCGCUGAACAUGAGUGCUAAAUGGUUCGCCAACCACACCGCCUACACCAUCGCCAAGUACGGCAUGUCCAUGUGCGUGCUGGGCAUGGCGGAGGAGUUCCGCGCCCAGGGCGUGGCCGUGAAUGCCCUCUGGCCCCGCACCACCAUCCACACGGCGGCUGUCGAGAUGCUCCACGGAUCGGAGGGAGCUCUGUUCUCCCGGACGCCCGAGAUCAUGGCCGAUGCGGCCUACGUUAUUUUCUGCCGCGACUCCCGGGAGUACACUGGCAAUUUCUUUGUGGACGACGAGGUGUUAAUGGACGUGGGCGUGAGGGAUCUCGCCAAGUACGCCUGCUACCCGGAGAAUAUUCACCUUUUGGCCACAGAUAUAUUCCUAGAUGAAGCUGGCCCCUUGGCCAAACUUUAAGAUAAGUCCCAUGGGUAGUUAUGCUUACUUUAAGCGUGACCAGAAGGGCAUUGGGUUGUAUAUAUGUUGAAAUGUAUUUAGUAAAUAAAGGUACUUACCCUACGUUUAAACCAAAA